AUGCCGCUGCAAGUUCACGACGUUCAGCAAAAUGUCGUGGAGCCAAUGCAGGUUGAUGCUCCUACAGAGGAUAAUGAUAAUGCUGAAGAAGAACCAUAUAUAGUAGAAAACCCGACGCUAGACUUGGAAGUAUAUGCCAAUAGCUAUACUGGACUCGCAAAACUACACAGGCUUAUAUAUAUCGCUGAUCAUUGUCCAUCGUUACGAAUAGAAGCAUUAAAGAUGGCAAUUACUUAUGUGAUGACUACAUACAACGUUGGACUUUAUAUAAUGUUGCAUAAAAAGCUUGUGGAAGCUAUGGGCUAUACUCCUGGAUUACCAGAUAUAGCGGCACAGUCAACCUCUCAGGAUAUGCCAACACUGGAUCAGACAUGGGUAGAGACUCGAUCUAAGAAGGCUGCUCUUAAAUUAGAAAAGUUCGAUACUGAUUUGAAAAAUUACAAGAGCAACUCUAUCAAGGAGAGCAUACGAAGAGGUCACGAUGAUUUGGGAGAUCACUACUUGAAUUGUGGCGAUCUCGUUCAUGCUUUAAAAUGUUACUCUAGAGCAAGGGAUUACUGUACUAGCGGCAAGCAUGUUGUGAACAUGUGUUUGAAUGUAAUCAAAGUUUCUGUUUAUCUACAAAAUUGGUCUCAUGUACUUAGUUAUGUCACCAAGGCUGAAAGUACACCAGACUUUCCAGAACUGCACGGUAAAGACAACAAUCAAGCGAUAGUCACAAAGUUAAAAGUGGCAGCGGGCUUGGCAGAAUUGGCAACAAGAAAAUAUAAAAUGGCCGCAAAACAUUUUUUACAAGCGUCUUUAGAUCAUUGCGACUGCCCUGAAUUGCUGUCCCCUGGAAAUGUAGCUCUUUAUGGAGGACUUUGUGCUUUAGCAACUUUUGAUAGACACGAAUUACAAAAACAAGUUAUAUUUAGUAGUUCCUUCAAAUUAUUUCUAGAAUUAGAACCACAACUCCGAGAUAUAAUUUUCAAAUUUUAUGAAUCAAAAUAUGCAUCCUGUUUGAAAUUGCUCGAUGAGAUAAAGGAUAAUAUUCUCUUGGAUAUGUACAUAGCACCUCAUGUAAACCUGUUGUAUACACAAAUUCGAAAUAGAGCCUUGAUACAAUAUUUUAGUCCUUACUUAAGUGCAGACAUGAGAAGAAUGGCGACCGCAUUCAAUAGAACUGUAUCUGAAUUAGAAGACGAACUCAUGCAACUUAUUCUCGACGGUCAGAUUCAGGCUCGUAUAGAUUCACACAACAAGAUUUUAUACGCAAAAGAUGUCGAUCAACGUAGCACUACUUUUGAAAAAUCUAUGAGUGUUGGAAAAGAUUAUCAGAGGCGUACUCGUAUGUUGAUCUUAAGAGCUGCGAUGUUAAAACAGCAUAUUCACGUGAAGAGUCCUCAACGGGACAGUACACAAGGAGGUGAAAUGUCAGUAGCACCUGGAAAUGGCACUUUAGCUGUAAAAAAUUGAAACUGUAUGCGCGUUAACUGGAAAAAGCAAAUUUAUAUGCGUGUCUCUCUUUCAACUGCCAUGUCCAUCUAGGUAUGAGAAGAUAAGAUUUCACUAUCACAUUCGACAUUGCGUUAUUUCUGCAAAGUCAAUGACCUGUACCUCAUUUUCAACAUAUGUAUAAUAUAUAACACAUGUACACAUACACACAUAUACACACACAUACGAGUUAAUCAAAAAGAAAUCAGACUUAUAAAAAUUUGAAUAUUUACAUAAUUUAUAUUUGGAAUCCACAUUCCCUUCAAAGUAGUGUACAUUGAUCUCAUUACUUUCAUCAUGCCUCAAACGUCCUUUAGAAAUCUUUAUCUCAAAUUAUGUUAAACAUCUUUUGUGAUUUAGCCUGGAAUAUUCUUGAUUCUUGAUCGAAACGCCGCUUCUUGAGUUUCAAUUUUAUUGUGAAAAAUAACAAGAAUCUUAAUUGUUUUUUCAACAAUUAAGAAGAUCAUGCACCAAGAAUUUGUUUCUGCCAGUCAGCCAAUAAACGCAGAUUUUUUUUAAUUGCAACAUUUUGAGGUGCUCGCGUGAAGAUGCAAGAAUUUAAAACUUGGAUGUAAUUAAGGACAUUCAGAGUGAAUCGUAAAAGGUGCUUUCAGACAAAGAUUCCAGAGUGCAUUAUGAAAGCAGUGGAAUCGCUAUAUAAAAUUAGAAAGAAAUUUGAAGGUGAUGAGAGAUCAGAUGUAAAUUAGAUAAAUAUAUUCAAAUUUUUA